UCAUUAGAACUUGGGGCAGAAAAUGAGGAGACAGUUGGUGUCUUUUGCCCCUCUGGGGGUCAUUUUGAGUUUGGUGAAGCUGAUGUCACAGCAAGAGAGCUGUGCCCCCCACUGUGACUGCCCUAACCCUCCCCAGGGGGUGGUGAGGUGUCAUGCGCAGCAGCUGAGGACAAGCCCUUGGAAAUUCCCCUCCAACAUCCAACACCUGAACCUUGAAAACAACAACAUCUCCAUCAUCUCCCAGCAAGACCUCUCUGGCCUGGGGCAGGCGGGAACUGGUCUACACAGCCUGGAUCUCAGCCACAACCACUUGACCUCGGUGCCAACCCUCGCCUUGACCACUUUGACCCACCUCAAGAGCCUUCACCUCAACGACAAUCACAUCUCCUCGCUGCUUCCAGGGAGCUUUGCCAACCUCAGCCGUCAUCUUGAGGAACUCCAUCUGAGCAGCAAUCGUGUCCAUCUGCUGAGUCCCAAUGCCUUUGCCGGCCUUGCCCGUCUGCAGACCCUCACGUUGGGCAGGAACCAAAUUGAUGUCCUGGUCCCUGGGGCCUUCGAUGGCCUGGAGCACCUAGUGUCAUUGAAGCUUGACAACAACCACAUCUCCUCCAUCCAACCCGGGGCCUUCAGAGCCUUGAGAAGCAUCAAGGAACUCUUCCUCAAAAACAACAAUCUCCAGGUCCUGUCCCAAGGCUCAUUGUCUGGACUUGGGCAACUUGAGGUCCUCAGCCUCAGCGGUAACCUUCUAGAUUUGCUCCCGAGUGAAAUCCUGAGCCUCAGGGAGCUCAGCAAACUGGAGUUGGACAAUAACCGCCUCCACCUCCUGUCUCCUGGAUUUCUGGCCAGGUUUGAGAAGCUGCUUCUGUUGGAGUUGAGUCGCAAUGAGUUGACGGAGGUUCCUGUGGGUGUCUUUGCUAACCUGCGGGACCUAACUCACUUGUACUUGAGUUAUAAUAAUCUGACAGCUCUCCCCUCCACCACCUUCCAAGACCUGGGGAACCUGACUAUGUUAAGUCUCUACAACAACCGCUUGGUCACUUUGCCGGGCCUGCUGUUCGAUGACCUGGGCAACUUGAUGGAAGUCCACUUAGACAAUAAUCUUCUCUCCUCUCUGCCACCCGAACUGUUUCACAACCAGCUGGAACUGCGCGACCUGCACCUAGCCAACAACGCCCUGACCAGUCUACCUGAGGACAUCUUCGACAAUCUGACGAACCUCAGGUUCUUGUCCCUCAGCGGCAACCGUCUCCAGGCCAUUGCCACCGGAACCUUCCAGAACCUGGGGCAGCUGCGGGAGCUGGAGUUGGAGGAAAACAGAUUGAAUGAGUUGCCUGGGAAGAUCUUUGACCACUUGUCAAAGCUCCGAGUCCUCCACUUAGACCAAAACAGUUUGGAUGUUCUCCCUCAAGGCAUCUUCCAAUAUCUGGUCAACUUGAAGGACCUCCAACUCAAUAACAAUUUCUUCUUCCAAAUCUUGCCUGGAACCUUCUCUGGCUUGGAGAAGCUGAAGGAACUCCACCUGGACAACAACUGGCUAGUGAGUUUGGAGCCGGAUACGUUUGUUGGCUUGAGGAACAUCCAACAUAUCCACCUGCAGUUUAACCGUCUCUCCCACUUGCCCCCACAUCUCUUGGCCGGGAUGAGAAGGUUGACAAGACUCCAACUCCAUAACAACUAUCUCACAUCGUUGCCUCACGAGAUCUUCCAGUCACAGCAGAACCUCAAAGAACUGCACCUGGAUAGGAACCUCAUCGCGUCCUUGCCGUUGGACAUCUUCGAUCACCUUCGUCAGUUGACCCUGCUCCAUCUGAACUUCAACAGACUCAAGAGCAUCCAUCAGGGCACCUUCGAUGGGUUGUUGAGUCUCAACAAAGUCUAUUUGGAUCACAAUCCCUGGGAGUGUCAUUGUCCAGCCAUCGUGUAUCUCAGUCAUUGGCUGGAGAAGCAUUCCAAUACAGUCCAAGGAAGUGUAGAAUGUUCCUCAGAUCGAUCCCCAGUUGCAGGCCAAUGUAACAUCUCCUCAAACCACCCCUUCACUUCCCCCGAGAAAGGACACAUUUUCUGUUGCUUGCUUUUUCUCAUGGUUUUUAAAUGAUAAUCUUUGUGUUAGAUAUAGAGUUUACAGCAAUAAUAAUAAUAAUAGUCCAUGUUUAGAUGCAGUGUUUACAGCAAUAAUCCGUGCCUUUGAUACAGAGCCUUAUCAUGUUGUUGA